CUUGGUCUGAGGCUGUGCUGGUGACUCCCUCCUCCCCUCUGGGUCAGGAUGGAGAAGGAUCCUGCCACUCACAGGAAGCACCGGCCUGGGCCUGGAGCCCUGCCCUCAGGAAUAACCCCUGUAUACCUCAAGGUGGCCAGUGAAGGGGCAGAACUCCAGAGGAGCAGGAGUGUGGGUGGCUUGCACCAGAAGGGGGACCCACCGAUCUGCAUCAGGAAACUACUACGCAAGGAGCUAGACUCCGAGGACCAAAGUAAAGACCCAAGAAAUGACACAGAUGACGGCACCUGCCAGGCGAGCCUAGAGGAUGACAAGAAGAAAGGGAGCCAUGAUGAGGUGGGAAAACCGGACAAGUGUGAGAAAAUGGACCCAGAGAAGAGUGACUCGGAGGCCAGCGCCGCAGGGCCACAGGACGACGCCUCCAAAGAAAGAUGUCUCUCUGUGGCUGAGGAGGAGCAUUCAGAGUCCAUGACGCUGGAUAACCUUCUAGAAAAACAGAAACCAUCUGUGUUUGUGGAGAUCGACCUGGGCGACCAUACUGAGGAGGAGGUCAUCACCUGUGCCAUUAAAGAAGAGAAGAGGCCCCCCCAUGACACGGGGUACUUGUCUGAAGAUGAGAUAAGGACCAGCUGGGUGUGUUGCCUUCCGUACCACACAAAGAAGAAGACAAAGGAAAACAGCAGUGCUUCAGAGAAGAACCAUCAGCCGUCCCAGGACGGGACCCCUCUGACUCAGCCACUAGUAGAGCUCUCUGGGGACUAAGGGAAGACAGCCUAGGCCUGGAAUGGCUUCGUGAUCCCCCCCAUGGGCAGGGCCAGAGUGACAGCAGCCAACGGAUACUCGAGGCAAGGGACCCUCUUCCAAUCCAAGUCCAAUCACAGCCCUAGGAACCAACUCUACAGGACCAACAGGCACUCCUGCUUCCUGGCUAUCACAGGACUUAAGCGCCAGCUAAUUGUUCACUAAAGGGAACAACACGAUAUGAACGCAUCGCUGGAGUUACAAUGUCGUAUAUAGACAACUUUCAGGCCGCAGCUGGAGAGGAGAGGGGACAAGGUCACCUCAGAACUGGUCCUUCCCACACCCACAUCCUUACACCUCAGGCCCUGGGCCACAACCCUCCUUAGUACCUCUAUCUGGAAGCCUAGUUCUCUAAGGAUGCUUGGGGAGGUGAACUCCCCAGUUGCCUUCCCAUGUGAACCCCUCAAUCACCUUCCCAUGUGACCCCCCUCCUUCAAUCACCCUCCCAUGUGACCCCACAUACACAAAUCUAAGCAAAACAAUUCCUCAAACAUC